UUGCGCCUCAUACCACAGUCGCAUGUUAUACCCUGUCUUCUCUGGUAAUUUGUUAUUCAUUAUGAACGGGCCUCAAGACUCUGUAUCUGCUGCGAGUGCGCAGAGACAGGUGCGUGUGCAACUUGUCAGCAAACAGGAAGAUAUUGCGCUUCCUGAAAAUACCGGCCCCAUCCUGGUUCCCACUGGCUUGCGCAGAUACGCACUCUCGACGCUAGUCAAUAAUUUGCUCGGAAACGACAAGCCAGUACCGUUCGAGUUCCUGAUAAAUGGCGCAUUCCUCCGGACCUCCAUCGAUGAAUAUUUGACGGCUAAUGGCAUUUCCGCUGAAACGACCCUGGAGAUCGAAUAUAUUAGAGCCUUGAUUCCUCCACUUCACAUUGCUUCGUUCGAGCACGACGAUUGGGUCAGUGCUGUGGAUGUGCUCUCUGCAACAUCGUCUGCUGCCUCAUGGGCGUCUUCAUCAUCAAUUUCGCAGGGCCAAUCAAGAAUCCUCUCGGCCAGCUACGAUGGCUUACUUCGGAUAUGGAACAUGUCUUCUCAGAUUGUUGCGACAUCACCAUCUGCUCUAGACGGUGGUCACAGCGCAUCGAUCAAGGCUGCGAAAUUCCUCUCCCCGACUUCAAUCGUUUCGGCCGGCUUGGACCGCACUGUGCGUUUGUGGAAAUACGCUGAGAGCGAAGAUGGUUUCUCUGGAAAGAUCGCUCCCCAGCUCGAGCUGUACGGUCACAAGUCCGGCAUCAACUCUCUGGCCGUGCAUGCGCCUUCGAAUCGCAUUUUAACCGCCUCCUCGGACCACGCUGUCGGUUUCUGGUCUACCAAGAAAUCCGAUGCUCCGGCCGCCCCAGAGAAUCUCCUCCCUUCUGCUGCCUCCAGAACCUCCAAGAGACGAAAGUUGAACUCCUCCAUUAGCACUCCUCAGCGUGGGCCCUUGGCUUUGCUCUCCUCUCAUACUGCGCCAGUGUCCGCCGCCAUUUUCGAUGCCAAAGACUCCACCGUCGGUUACUCAACUUCAUGGGAUCAUACCCUCCGCACAUGGGAUCUGGUUACUGCUGCCCUCGUAGACACUCGGUCAACCUCGCACUCGCUCCUCUCCCUGGAGCAUCUUCCCGAACACCACCUCCUGGCCACAGGAACUUCAGCCCGUCACAUCACUCUUAUCGACCCCCGUGUCUCAGCGACAACCAUCUCUGCCAUGACUCUCCGCGGCCACACGAACGCUGUAGUCUCCUUGUCCCGCGACCCUCACAGCAGCUACGGCCUGAUCAGCGGUAGCCACGACGGUACAUGCCGAAUCUGGGAUAUCCGUGCCACCAAGACAGACAAGGAUGGUGUUGUUGGAGAAAGCGUCUAUUCGAUUACCCGCAAAAGCCUCGAGGAGGCCGGCAAAGCUGAUGUCAAGCGCGUUGGCGGCGAGGGAGUCAAGGUCUUCGGUGUCUGCUGGGAUCGCUCUGUCGGCAUUGUCAGUGCCGGUGAAGACAAGCGGAUUCAAAUUAAUCGGGGAGAAGGUGUGCUGUCUUCGGCAUGAAGGAAGUGGUGCACAUAUGGCUCUGGCGUUCUUCAUUUGUAGGAUGAAAAGUUUGGUUUCUGGCUUCAAUCGGGGGAGCUACUAUAUAAGCUGGCAUAUCCUUUAGCA